GUGCUCCGCGCGGCCGGAGCGUGUCAACCUGCAGGCAUCGAGCGUGUUCGAAUCGGAGACGCGACCAACAAUUCCACAAAUCUUAACUCGGAAAACCGGAAAUCAAAAAUUGACUUAUAGUGCAAAGUGCAUUAAUAAAUUGGAUAUUAUCAAAAGUUAAAACCCUCAAACCGGAAGUUAGAGUUGACAGUGUGUUAAAAAGGUGAUUUACUGACGAGAAAAAAUUUUUCAAAGGAAAUUAAACAUUUGAGUGCGAGCGCUGUGAGCAACUAAAAAUCAACGCAGAGCAAAAGCAGAAAAAUCAGGACUUUUCAAUACGGUGACUGGCGAACCGCCACGGCGGAUGUGUAAGUGCGUCGGUGAUUCGGAAGGACUCUAGUACACGCAAACGGAGACACAUGCCCCAACGACAACGUGAUGAGUUCGCAAGGGAAGGGGCGGUUGUAUCCCGCGUACAGUGUUAGCGGCUCGGAGGGUGAAGAGUCGCCGCGACGGUACGCGUCGUCGCAUACCUACCAGCACCCGCUGUACCAGCAACCCGCCGGACUCAGCGACACCCCCUCGUCCGAGAACGCCUCGGACGCCACGCUCACUGACUCGGAGCUGGCCCUAGCACGCGAUUCCACCCUUCUGGUUCAUAACGGUUGUUUGCUUGAUAGCGCCACUCGGCCACCAGAUGUGCCGCCGCGCAACCCCACAAUGAGUCGUCUCAACGGCCGGUUGGCGAGCGCGCCGCCCGUCGACCCUAGUCAAGACUUUGAGCCCUCCUGCCUGGUCCGGACGCCGUCCGGCAACGUGUACAUACCCACAGGAACAUUAAAUCACUCGAAGAAUCCGCCGAUGGAGUACAAGUCGAACUCGUCGUGCAGCAGCCCCUCCAAGGACAUGAAGAACGUCGCCGCCGGCAUGCCCUACGGCACGCCGGUGCCUGUUCUACCCGUCCGCAACAAUCUGCGCCGCCCCAACUCCAGCCACUUUCCGCCGGCCAACCGCUUUCACUUUCGCAAAGGCCUCGCGUCCAAGUGCAGCUGGAAAUGUACGGCGAUCAUCUUCAUCAUGCUUUCGGUGGUGCUCACUGCAGCACUAUCUUAUAUCUCAGCAUCGAGUCUAUUAAACUGGUCAUAUCAAAACACCAAGGCAUGUACAGUCCUGGUUGGUGAGACCUCCACAGCGGAAGCCCUACCAGGUCCCGCCUCGAAGACGAUCACCUCCGAAACGAACCUUUCCACAUCGACCAAGCCGAAGCAGCAGACCAGCAUCGGCCUAGCGGCGACGAGCAGUUCCAAUACAGCGAGUGGAUCAGUUGGAGGUAAUUUGAUCUUUGUUAGAAAGCGUAGACACGAUAACAAUGUUCAGCAUGAGAGUGUCCAGCAUGCUAGUACUAUUGUAGCCCACACACAAUUAUUGCAUGAUCAGACGUCCUUCGACGGUAGUGAUCCUCCAGUUGAGUCAACCGUCGAGGUGACCACUGAGCAGGACUCAACUACCCUCGAAUCUAUUACUGUGUCUAUGACUAACAAUGAAACAACAACGAUAAAUACACCAGAGGAAACUGAGCGGGACUCAGAACCAACUACGGAAAACUGGGACACUGUCGCAGGUGUUUCAGUUUCUGACAGUUUUACAAAUGAAAUAACAACUGAGGAAGUUUAUGAUGAUGGGACUUCAACUACGGUGGAAAAUGUUGAAAUCCCUGAAGAAAUUGUAAAUGCAGACGCGUUCCAGUUUCUAGAUCUUAAUGAACAGAAUGAUGAGGCUCUCCCUAGUGGCGAGGAAGAGGUGAAUAUAGUAAAAGUACAUCAAGAAGAUUUCGGUGCGGAUGAAAUGAAUUUAGGCAUUAGUUAUAAUAAGAACCACGAGGUAUAUGAAAUGGUCCAGGCGACAUCAAAGGAGUUGACGGAUUCAAAUUUAGCCGCGCCUGAUUAUGUACCCCCUGGAGAUAUUGCUGCGGAUGCAAAAAAAUCUUUUACCAAUCAGCCAUCUGUUUCUUCGAGAGUUGUUAAUUCCACUAAUGCUAAUGAAUCCGCCACUAAUGUGAAUGUAAUUCUGGAGACGCGACCGCAGACGAUGUCUACGCGCCUGCUUGUUAACGUCACAAUUGCUACCGAUCCGGAUCACGCUAAUCCGCACGCACCUCAAUCACUCUACGUCCUCUCGCUCUCGGUACCGACGAAUGGCGCACAGCCGAACCUCGUGCUCGUCGAGGAAAAUCCCCCCAAAGUGGAGAGCGGCGCAUUGUCGCAGCCCGCAAAGCCCACACCGCCGGCGCAUGGCGAAUUGGAAAAAGUCGCAAAGACGACGAGCGUGAAUGCAAAUCCGAUCGCAAAGAGCGCUGAAUUGGAUGGCGGGCAAUGCCAAUGCACGUGUCCCUGCAUGGAUGCCGAUUCCAAUUCGGAACCCUCCGAGCAGGAGGAUUAUCCAAAUUAUUUUGCUUCUGAGGAGGAUUUAAGCCCGGCAGGUAGCGCAAAGAAUGACACAGUCAAACUCGCUUUGAUCGAAGAAAGUGAAUUUGGGUCUUUAAGUACCACCGAAGACGAUAUUUCUUCAAGCAGUGCGGAUACCUCAGAGACCAUCAGCGAACUCUCGACAACUUUAGAAACUGGGUCAUUCGAAACAUCAUCAGAAUCAAUACUUACAGAUGAUUACACUACGGAAAGCACACUUUCCACACUCUUUUCAGAAACUAGUGAAACCAGUUGCUUAGAUUCCAACACAAAAACUCCACCAACACCCACAAUUCUCAUUCUCGAAGGAGCGCGGACGUUCCCUGCCCAAUCCUUCCCGCCGGACGGAACCACCUUCUCGCAAAUCGCGCUCGGCCAACGGCUCACCAAGGAGAUCCCGCCGUACGGUUACUGGAAUAUGCAAUUCUAUCAAUCCGAAGCGGCCUACGUCAAGUUCGAUUACAACAUCCCACGUGGUGCCAGCAUCGGGGUCUAUGGCCGAAGAAAUGCCCUGCCCACACAUACGCAAUAUCAUAUUCUGGAGGUCCUCAGCGGGUUCAAAGCUAGAACUACUAGGGCGUCACAUGUAAGUCUUCUUUCGGACGUCCAUGGAAGAGCAGCAAAUGAUGGUUUCAUGGUUUUGCAGUCUUCGGUCAAAAAAGAGGUCACACAUUACAUGGAACAGGGCCAUUGGUUCUUGUCCCUAUACAACGACGAUGGUGACCCGCAAGAGGUGACAUUCAUCGCGGUGAUUGCGGACGAUAUGACACACAACUGCCCCAAUGGAUGUAGCGGCAAAGGAGAAUGUCUCAUGGGUCACUGCCAGUGUAACCCAGGAUUCGGCGGCGACGACUGUAGCGAGAGUGUCUGCCCGGUGUUGUGCAGCCAGCGCGGCGAGUACAUCAACGGCGAGUGUCAAUGUAACCCCGGCUGGAAGGGCAAGGAGUGCUCUCUCAGGCAUGACGAGUGCGAAGUGCCUGAUUGCAACGGACACGGACAUUGCUCCAACGGCAAGUGCGGAUGUGUGCGCGGAUAUAAGGGAAAGUUCUGCGAGGAAGUCGACUGUCCGCAUCCGAACUGCUCGGGUCACGGGUUCUGCGUUGAAGGCACGUGUCUCUGCAAGAAAGGCUGGAAGGGACCCGCAUGUGACCAGAUGGACAAGGACGCUCUGCAAUGUUUACCGGACUGUUCGAGUCAUGGUACUUUUGACCUCGAUACACAAACCUGCACGUGCGAGCCACAGUGGUCCGGGGAGGAUUGCUCCAAGGAGUUGUGUGAUUUGGACUGUGGCAUGCAUGGUCAUUGCGUGUCUGAUGUCUGCCAGUGUGACCACGGUUGGGGUGGAGAUUCGUGCAAUAUGAAGUUGUGUGACUCUCGCUGCAACGAACACGGCCAGUGCAAAAACGGUACAUGCUUGUGUGUGACAGGGUGGAAUGGCAAACACUGCACGUUGGAGGGUUGUCCCAAUAGUUGUUCGGGUCACGGUCAGUGUAGAUUUAACACUGAUGGCGCCUGGGAGUGUCGUUGUGAGAGUGGAUGGGACGGGCCUGAUUGUAGUGUUUUAUUGGAGCAUAACUGCAGUGAUGGUCGUGACAAUGACAAAGAUGGUUUAGUUGAUUGUGAAGAUCCGGAGUGCUGUGCUGAUCGGCAGUGCAAGAACAGUCAACUUUGCGUGGCUGCACCGAAACCCAUCGAUAUUCUUCUGAGGAAACAACCACCGGCGAUUACGGCAUCCUUCUUUGAGCGUAUGAAGUUCCUUAUCGAUGAAGGAAGUCUGCAGAAUUACGCACGUCAGGAGAGCUUAAAUGAAAGUGUGUUUUGGAAUCACUUCAACACGAGUCGCUCUGCCGUUGUCCGAGGACGCGUUAUCACCACCAUGGGCAUGGGUCUAAUGGGGGUCAGGGUUAGCACCGCAACACCGUUGGAAGGGUUCACAAUGACUCGUGAUGAUGGAUGGUUUGAUCUUCUUGUUAAUGGAGGUGGUGCCGUUACUCUGCAGUUUGGACGUUCUCCGUUUAGACCACAAACUCAUAUCGUGGUCAUUCCGUGGAACGAAGUUGUGAUUAUUGAUGAUGUUGUUAUGACUACUGGCGAAGAAAAGGCUGCAGCACCACCACCGAUGCCGUGCAACGCUCAUGACUACGAUGCAAUGAAACCAGUUGUCCUUGCAACGUGGAAACAUGGAUUCCAAGGUGCCUGCCCGGACAAGAGUGCCAUAUUAGCUGAAUCACAAGUGGUUCAAGAAAGUCUGCAGAUUCCUGGUACGGGAUUAAACCUUGUUUACCACAGUUCCCGGGCUGCUGGUUAUCUUUCCACUAUUCAACUACAACUUACCCCAGAGAAGAUCCCUAGUGCUUUGAGCCUUAUCCAUUUGAGGAUUACCAUUGAAGGUAUCCUCUUUGAAAAGACCUUUGAAGCAGAUCCUGUAAUCAAAUUCACUUACGCGUGGAAUCGUCUCAAUGUAUACCGUCAAAGAGUGUAUGGUGUUACAACCGCAAUUGUCAAAGUUGGUUAUCAAUAUGGUGACUGCAAAGAUAUCAUUUGGGAUGUCCAAACUACCAAAUUGAGUGGUCAUGACAUGAGUAUCUCUGAAGUCGGUGGUUGGAAUUUGGAUAUUCAUCACAGAUACAACUUCCAUGAAGGCAUCCUCCAAAAGGGUGACGGAUCAAACAUUUACCUGAAGCAUAAACCUAGAGUUAUCCUUACUACAAUGGGUGAUGGACAUCAAAGACCACUUGAAUGUACAGAUUGUGAGGGCCAAGCAAGUAAACAACGCCUCUUGGCUCCGGUAGCUUUGGCAACUGCUGCAGAUGGUUCAAUUUACGUAGGUGAUUUCAACUUGGUGCGUAAAAUCUUGACCGAUGGCACAGUUCGAACAAUUGUCCGACUUAAUGCCACCAGAGUAUCUUAUCGCUACCAUAUGGCUUUGAGUGCUCUGGAUGGUACUCUCUAUAUCUCCGAUCCCGAGUCACACCAAAUUAUCAGAGUAAGAAAUACAGAUGAUUACUCUGAUCCUGAUCACAACUGGGAAACCAUUGUUGGCUCAGGCGAGAGGUGCCUCCCUGGCGACGAAGCUCAUUGUGGAGAUGGUGCACUUGCACGAGAUGCCAAACUAGCCUACCCGAAGGGUGUCGCAGUAUCCAACGACAACGUCGUCUACUUUGCUGAUGGCACUAAUAUCCGUAUGGUGGAUCGUGACGGAAUUGUUACUACAGUUAUCGGAAAUCACAUGCACAAAUCACACUGGAAGCCUAUUCCUUGUGAAGGUACUCUUAAUUUAGAAGAAGUACACCUUCGAUGGCCUACUGAGUUGGCCAUUAAUCCAAUUGACAACUCUUUACAUAUCAUCGACGACCAUAUGAUUCUGCAAUUAACUUCGGAUGGCCGAGUUAAGGUAGUUGCGGGACGUCCCUUACAUUGUGCAUCACCUGUGAGCGGCUACGAUAUUGAACUUGCAACUCAUGCCACAUUGGUUAUGCCGCAAAGUAUUGCAUUUAGCGCUGCAGGCGAUUUAUACGUUGCAGAAAGUGACUCACAGAGGAUAAACCGCGUUCGCGUGAUAGGUACAGAUGGAAAGAUUGCGCCAUAUGCGGGUGCAGAAUCUAAAUGUAAUUGCCUCGAACGUGGUUGUGAUUGUUUCGAAGCCGAUCACUACCUGGCAUCAAACUCUAAAUUCAAUACCAUCUCAGCGGUCGCUAUUAGUCCUGAUGGUCAUGUUCAUAUUGGUGACCAGGCCAACUACAGAAUCCGCUCAGUAAUGGCGAGUAUUCCAGAUGCUAGUGCGACAAGAGAAUAUGAAAUAUUCUCACCGGAGACUCAAGAAAUUUAUUUCUUCAACCGGUUUGGACAGCAUAUUCAAACCAAAAACAUUCUGACUGGUGAAGUAACAUACCUCUUCACCUAUAAUGUAAAUACCAGCAAUGGUAAACUUAACACUGUAACCGACGCUGCAGGAAACAAAGUUUUCUUACUCAGAGAUUAUUCAAGUCAGGUGAAUUCCAUUGAAAACACUAAGGGUCAAAAGUGCAGGUUGCGUAUGUCUCGAAUGAGGAUGUUACAUGAAUUAAGCACACCUGAUAACUACAACGUGACUUUCGAUUAUCAUGGACCUACUGGUCUGUUAAAAACUAAAUUAGACAGUAGUGGACGAAGUUAUGUGUACAAUUACGAUGAGUUUGGUAGACUGACCUCAGCAGUAACCCCAACUGGUAAAGUAAUCAGCUUAUCCUUUGAUCUCAGCAUCAAGGGUGCCACUGUUCAAGUGGGCCAAAACAACAAGAAACCUAUUAGCAUGUUGAUCAAAGGUUCUAGUGUUAGUACUAUUGUUGGUGAAGCUGAACAGAAGAUAAUCCUUCUUCCUGAUGGUGGUGUAGAAUCCACCGUUCCAUGGUCACACAAUACCAACAUUGACACAGUACCCUAUACAGUACUAGCUGAAAUUGAUCCUCUAUUAGGAGAAAGUUAUCCAGUACCAGCCAAACAAAGGUCUGAAAUUGGAGGCGAUUUGGCAAACAGAUUUGAAUGGAGGUACUUCCUCAGGCGCGUACAAGGCAAAGGAAAGAAUGCUACUCCUAAAGGCAUUGCACAAGUUGGUCGUAAAUUGAGAGUUAAUGGAGAGAAUUUACUAACAUUAGAAUAUGACAGAGACACUGCCUCAGUAUCAGUGUUUAUGGAUGAGCGAGUGGAACUUUUGAAUGUCACCUAUGAUCGAACUGCUCGUCCUGUGAAAUGGGGACCCAGAAACGGUAUAUUUGCCGAGGUGGAAUUAGAAUAUGACAGAUUCAGUCGGUUAACUAAUUGGAAAUGGGGCGAUAUUAGUGAAACCUACGGUUUUGAUCGGGCGGGUCGAUUGUACGAAAUCAAAUAUGGCGAUGGGUCUUCUAUGAUUUACGCUUUCAAGGAUAUGUUCAGCAGUUUGCCUUUGAAGGUUACUACUCCACGUGGUUCAGAUUAUCUUCUUCAAUAUGAUGAGGCUGGUGCACUCCAAUCGCUUACCACACCUCGUGGACACAUUCACACCUUCUCUCUACAAACGUCGCUUGGUUUCUUCAAGUAUCAAUACUUCUCACCGAUGAACCGUCAUCCAUAUGAAAUUAUAUACAACGAUGAAGGUCAGAUUCUGGCAAAGGUCUAUCCACAUCAAUCUGGACGUGUUGCAUACGUUUAUGACGCUACAGGUAAAUUAGAGACGAGUCUUGCUGGUCUCAGUUCCACGCACUAUACAUAUGUUGAAGCAAGCGGUCUCGUAAAGAAUAUUGAUAUAGUCGAACCUAACUUUGAACUGAAACAAGAGUUUAAAUACCAUGCGGGUGUAGUGAAAGACGAGAAAGUUAAAUUUAGCAGUAAGAGCGGUUUGGAUAAUGCCCAUUAUAAAUAUUCAUAUGAUGGCAACGCUCGUUUGUCCGCCAUUGAUGUUGAUAUCAAUGGAAAGGAGGUUCCUCAACUACGACUUAAAUACAACCAGAACCUGGGUAUUCUCGAAGGUAUAAGCGACCUGAGAAUAUACAGAAACUCCUUUAACAGAUCAGUCAUGCAAGACACCAGUAAACAUUUCUUCACGAUCACCGAAUACGACGAUCAUGGCCGCAUUAAAUCCAUCCUGAUAAACAUCAAAUCGUUUGAUGUGUUCCGGCUUGAGUUGGACUACGAUAAUCGCAAUCGCAUUAGCACACAAAAAUUGCUCAUUGGACGUGCGAAUACUAUGGAUAGAGUGACCUAUAAUGCUGAUGGACAUGUUCUUGAAGUCCUGGGUUCAUCUAACUGGAAAUAUGUGUAUGAUGAGAAUGGCAACGUUAUUGGAGUCAUCAAAGAAAAGGAGAAAAUUUCACUUGGCUUCGAUAGCGGCGAUCGGGUUGUACAAUAUGGCGAUGUCGAAUUCAACAAUUACGACAACCGUGGGUAUGUCGUACGUCGAGGUGAACAAAAAUACCGGUACAAUUCAAGAGGUCAAUUGAUACACGCCUUCGAACGCGACAAGUUCCAAACAUGGUAUUACUACGACGACAGGGGCCGUCUUAUUUCCUGGAAUGAUGACAAAGGCAACGUUACCCAGUACUUCUAUUCCAACCCAAGUACCCCUGAUAGAAUCACACAUUUGCAUUACCCGAAGACCGGACGCACUUUCCGUUUCCUCUACGAUCAACGUGAAGUAAUCAUUACUGUUGAGACAAAUGAACAACGAUUCUACGUGGCGUCUGAUCAAAAUGGUUCUCCAUUGGCACUCUUUGAUAUUAAUGGUAAUCUCAUCAAGGAGGUACGUCGUACACCAUUUGGAAGCAUCACCAUGGACACAAAUCCAGAUUUUUAUUUACCUGUGGAUUUCCAUGGUGGUAUCUUCGACCCUAAUACCAAAUUGGUGUAUCUGAAUAAGAGAUUAUAUGAUCCUGUUGUUGGCCAAUGGAUGACUCCAGCCUGGGAACAGCUAGCAACCAAGUUGACUACACCCACAGAUGUCUUCAUUUAUCGUUUCCAGAAUAACGAUCCCAUUAAUCCAAGGUCCAACGUCAAUUACAUGACAGACCUCAACAGUUGGCUGCAGUUAUAUGGAUAUGACAUUAAGAACAUGAUGGGUUCUGAAUAUCUGAGCAAAUUGGUGUACAAACCACAGGCCACCGUCACAUCAAGACAAUUGGCACCUGAUUUUGGUGUUAUGUCAGGGUUACAAUGCAUUGUGGAUAAGGUCAAUGAAAAGUUCACAGAUCUUGGUUUUGUGCCUAAACCCUUGCUUAAAAUGGAACCGAAGACAAGGAAUCUGCUUCCUAGGGUAGCCUAUCGUAAAGCUGUAUUUGGGGAAGGUCUUCUCAUUUCUCGAGUUGAUGGACGAGCUUUGGUCAGUGUUGUGGAAGGAGUUAAUGGUGUAGUACAGGAUGUGGUAACAUCCGUGUUCAACAAUUCAUUCUUCCUUGAAAUGCACUUCAGCAUUCACGAUCAAGACGUAUUCUACUUCGUGAAAGACAAUGUUCUCAAGAUUCGCGAUGAUCUGGAAGAACUGCGACGUCUUGGAGGUAUGUUCAACGUGUCCACUCAUGAAACCACCGAACAUGGCGCACCCGCUGGGAAGGAACUUCGCCUGCAUAACCCCGACGCGGUUGUGAUAAUCAAAUAUGGCGUCGAUCCGGAACAGGAACGACAUAGGAUCCUCCGUCAUGCACACAAACGUGCCGUGGAACGAGCCUGGGAAGUCGAAAAGCAAUUGGUUGCCAUCGGCUUCCAAGGCAGAGGAGAGUGGACUGAAGAAGAAAAAGAAGAGUUGAUCUCACACGGCUAUGUCGAUGGCUACGAGGGUGUGGACAUUCACAGUAUACACAAAUAUCCUCAGUUGGCGGACGACCCCGGUAACGUUGCCUUUCAGCGUGACGCCAAACGCAAGCGACGAAAGAGCGGGCAACGAAAGGGUCGCAAUCAUCGGCAUGACGUGAUCGGGGCGUGAUUAGUCCCAACCCCAACAUUUCCAUGAGCAUUUCAUUUAAACAAUGUGCCAUAUAAAUUUAAUGCAAACAAAUGAAAAGAAAUGAAAGAGCAACAAACGAAAAAAAAAACAUCAAAUGCGAACAAAAAAAAACAAAAAUGAAAAAAUCCUAGUCGUUCUGUAAGUACAUAACUAAUUAUAGGAACAAGAAAAUAUAAAAUAUUUUUUACGAAGAGAAAAGAGAAAAAAAUAUGAGGACCCUCCCGAAAGACGGGAAGCGCGCGUAUUUUAAAUUAUUUGUGUAAUAAACAAUGCUAAAAACUGUCCAAUUAGCAACAAGACUCCAUUCUUUGUGCGUGUGUGGAAUCAAAACGUAAAGAAAUUGAGAAAAAAAAACGAUAGUCACAUUGCGAUGGUCAGAAAAUGGAACGAAGUGAAAUUCCAAGAGUGGCGUAGUAAUAACAUACAUGCACAUAAUUUAUAUAAAUAGUGAAUAUCUUGAAUAAGGCAAUAUAAAUUUCAAUUUAAGGUGACAAAGAGAAUCUGUACAUAUUAUAAUUACCAAUGAAGCUUUUUAUAUGGAUAUCAAAUAGUGAUCUGAGGAAAAUACGCGUGAGUACAUUAAGCGUACGUUUUGCGUUGACUUAAAACUUAAAUGAUUUUGUAUUUUACUAAUUAAUUGCUUGUUGACUAUUUCUUAUCGGCGACAUGGCGCAUAGAACUGACUGAACUAACUCCCCGUAGAAUGACAAGUACCCUUAACAAAAACUACUACAAAAGAAUGCAGAAAUGUUAGUCCAGAAUACAUGUUGUAAAUAACAUAGAAGAGUAAUACCGAAAUAUCUAUAAUGCAAGAGAUAACUUCCUAAAAUGCCGCCUAAAUUUUAUAAUUUGUGAUUUUCUAUCUCUCGAACCCUGGAAAACGCUUCGACCUUCAGUAGUAGUGCAGUGAAGGUGUUAAUAAUCGGUCCAUUAAUCAUUAGAAUAGCGUACUUCUUCGAUGGUGUUGUCAACUUAAUAAUUGCUCGCUCUCUAACUCUGCCCGUUUCCCAAAACAAACACUCAUUAACAGAAAUUAUCAAAAACGUACAUAGAUGAAAGCAGAACUGCCGUAUUAUCAUAAUCGUAUUCGUGUCAUUCUCGUCACUCCGUGCCGUUUUGUAUCAGUGAUGAUAAAUGAAAUGAACAAAAAGACGUAAUAGCCAAACUAAAUGAAAAAAAUAGCAUGCUCUUCUCUCAUAAAAUAAACAUAAACAUAAAAAUGGUAAUUAAUUGUAAUAGGUACUGCUGUUGUAAUGAUAAAUGAACAAAACAAAAAAACAUACAAAAAUGAAAAAAAGUCAUAGAUGCAAACGAUAAACGAUGUUUUGUGUAAUAAAUCUCUUAACCGCUUAAUUAAUCAACCACACAGUUAUACGCAUGUUUUUAAGGACGAAAAAUGUAUAUGUUUUUAUUAUUAUUAUGUGAUUUUAGUUGAUUAUUAUUUUUGGGAGCGAUUUGCUAACAUCUGGUAAUUGUAAUUUAUAGAAGAAGUGAACACUGAUGAUGGUCGAUGGUGUAUGAGGGACGGAUUUUUGUAAUUUUCGGGGGCUGUUUUUUUAUUAGAAAAAAAUAUGCCAAACUAUGUGGAUAAGUGAUAUUUUUUCAAAAUGUGACUAAAAACGAACAAGCAAUACUUUGUAUUUUAUAGUUUUGUCUCAUUUUAAAUGUUAAAAUCGAAGCCGCGCAUAUUCAACGAUAUAUGCGCUCUCUCGCUGUAUAGAAACAAUAUAAAAACUUUUUCUAGAAACAAACAUGAGAUAACCAUGACCACUAUCUCUACGAUUGAUAAACAAAAAAGAAACAACUUAUAUUCUGACUAUUAUUUAUACUCUUUGUGUGUAUAUAAAUUAUUGUAUAUAUUUUGUUCAAUUCAGUAAUAUAAUAACCGUUUAUAAAAAAUUAUAUUGAAGAUAAAGACAA